AGCCACUAACCCCAUAUUUAACACCACCACCACGACACUUUACCUCGAAAAAUAUGCCCAAGACUACAUACAUACAUACAUACAUACAUACAUACAUACAUAUAUGGGUAAAAAGAUGAAUUUGGGGAAGAGGAUGGCUUUAGAGAGAGAAAUCAAAGUGGUUCCCUUUUGGGAUAUUUUGGAUGCGGAUGUUAUAGGCAGAAAUUGGUUUUUUAUGGGAUUUGUGUUGAUAAAUAAAUGAAAUGGGAUAAUCAGGUAAAUUGAUUCAAACAGAACAAGGGGUACUUUAGACAACAAAAUAUAAUAAACAGUGAAAUCUUUACCACAUCAGCAAUUCAGUCCACUUCAUUUUUCAGAAACUUCCAGACUUUGACUGAAUGAUAUAGCGAAUAUGGGUCCAUAAGUACACUUUUUUGUAAAAAUCCCAAAAAUGCGAACGGUAUGAUUUUUUAAGCUAUUGAAUCAUCUCCUGCCCCCAUCAAUACAUUUGUUUAGAUGGUUUUUUCUCUCUUACAUAGUAGAAGCAAGUGAAGCAUUUUUUUAAGGUGCAUACAAAACAUAAAUUAACAGAAAGUUAAACCCUAGCAUUCCCUAAUCAAUAUGCUUUGUGACACAUGCUUGUACAAUAUCCUCCAUGAUUCAAUACUAAAAUGCAAUGAGAGUAAUGCUGAUAAUUGUGGAUGAAAUUCACAGAGUCUUACCACUACGCAUUUGAUGGAGCUCCCAUGGCCCUCCAUCCCAAUUCUUUUCACUUUCCUGCUGUUUCUGUUCAUGGUUAUGAAAAUAGUAUCUAAAAACAAGAGGUUGAGUCCAAAUCUACCCCCUGGGCCAUGGAAGCUACCUCUCAUUGGAAACAUGCACCAGCUUGUUGGAUAUGAUCUAACCCAUCGCCGCCUACGAGAUUUGGCCGUGAAACAUGGACCUGUGAUGCACCUGCAACUUGGACAGCUUUCCAUCAUUGUCAUUUCUUCAGCAGAAACCGCGAAGGAAGUGAUGAAAACACACGACAUCAUCUUUGCUAACAGGCCUUAUCUCCUUGCUGCAAGUAUAUUAUCUUAUGAUUUUACAGGCAUGUUCUUCGCCCCAUAUGGGGACUAUUGGAGACAACUUCGGAAAAUUUGCAUAAUGGAGCUUCUAAGUAUACAACGCGUCCAAUCAUUCCGACCCAUUAGAGAAGAAGAGAUAUCAAAUCUCAUCAAAUCUAUUUCAACGCAAACAGGAUCUCUGCUCAAUCUCAGUAAAGAAGUUUUCACCUCAACAAACGACAUCACUGCAAGGGCGGCCUUCGGUAAGAAAUGCCGGGAUCAAGAAGAAUUCAUAUCACUUAUCAAGGUGGUCAUAGAGUUAGGAGGAGGUUUCAAUGUAGCCGAUCUCUUCCCUUCAGUUAAAUUGCUUGCUUUGAUCAGUGGGCUGAGGCCCAAACUUGAGAAGCUUCAUCGGAAACUUGAUGGGAUACUUGACCGCAUCAUUGAUGAACAUAAAGCUAAAAAGGCAGCAACAAAGACUACUACCAUUAAGGACGAAGCAGACGAAGACCUGGUAGAUGUUCUUCUAAGAGUUCAGGAGCAUGGUGACCUUGAGUUCCCCAUAACCAUCAAUAACAUCAAGUCAGUUAUAUUGGACGUUUUCAGUGCCGGGAGUGAGACAUCGUCAACAACUGUAGAAUGGGCAAUGUCAGCAAUGCUGAAAAACCCAAGUGUUAUGCAAAAGGCACAAGCUGAGGUGAGAAAUGUCGUAAGGAAAAAAGGAAAUAGUACUACUGUUGAUGAAGUAGACCUCCAUGAAUUGAACUACUUAAAGUUGGUAAUCAAAGAAACUCUGAGAUUACACACAACUGUUCCUUUAUUAGUGCCGAGAGAGUCCACCGAUAGAUGUGAAAUUAAGGGAUAUGAGAUACCUGUCAAGAGCAAAGUCAUUGUCAAUGCAUGGGCAAUAUGUAGAGAUCCUGAACAAUGGACUGAUCCAGAAAGCUUUAAUCCAGAGAGAUUCCUUGACAGUCCAAUUGAUUACAAAGGGGCUCAUUUUCAAUAUACGCCAUUUGGUGCUGGAAGAAGAAUAUGUCCUGGCAUCUUGUUCGCACAGGCUAACAUUGAGCUUCAACUUGCGCAACUAUUGUAUCACUUUGACUGGAAGCUUCCUGAUGGAACAAAGCAUGGAGAUCUAGACAUGACUGAGGUCUUUGGUAUAACAGUUCGAAGGAAAAGAGAUCUGUGCGUGAUUCCAAUUGCUUAUCAUUCUUCAAGUACCGCUGAAUAAGGCAAGAAGCUAGAAAGCAAUAAUUGGAUGUCCACUAUCCAUUAUCAAACUUAAUUUCAAUUCAAUUUGAGUUUGUAAUAUUAAUUAGUUUAAAGCAGGGAUACAAAAACUUCUCCCCAGGGCGCUCCCCCAAAUUUCGAGGUGAUUGUGAUGUAGGACAAGAGGAAAAGUUGAAAUAAAUACAGAGUAAGAGUUUAUUGGCUGGAAAUUCAAAUAAACACU